AGUUGACGAACAGUGGUGGGAACUAUAUCCCGCACUACCCUUCCCAUUAGAAUACAAGGGGGGAAAAGAUGGCGUCUGUGAUAGGUUCGGAGGUAGAAAUACAAGAAGUUGAAGUAGAUGCCAUUCCCGUAGAAAUGAAAAUAGAAACAGUUGAAACUUCGGAUGAAGUUUAUGUACAGCCUAUGAUAGCCUUACAACCAUUACCAGAAUCAGCUGGAGAAGAAAUUGUGUUACAAACUCGUGAAGAAGUUGUGGGUGAUAAUCUUGUUUACUCAGACUCGAUACCAGUGCCCGCACCAGAAAUUGAAAUUUCAACAGAGGAAGUUAUUCCUAUGAGAAAAGGAAAAGGUGGAAAAAGAAAAGGGAAAUCUAGAAACCUUGUUCAAACAAGUGGAUUAAGUGUAAACGAUUUUGGCGAAACGUCUGUGAAGAAAUGGGAACAAAAGCAAGUGCAAAUAAAAACUCUAGAAGGAGAAUUUUCAGUUACAAUGUGGGCAUCAGAGGAUCAGUCAAAGUUAGAUGAAGAUUCUGUAGCAGGGGAUUCAGAUGCUGAUUUUGCUGAGUAUAUGACUGGAAAAAAAUUACCUCCAGGUGGAAUUCCAGGACUUGAUCUUAGUGAUCCCAAACAGCUAGCAGAGUUUGCCAGUUGGGACAGGAUAAAGCCUAGGAAACCAACAGAUGAUGUACCCCGCACAGUUCCUUGCCCUCACAAGGGUUGUAAUAAAAUGUUUAGAGAUAACUCAGCUAUGCGUAAACACCUACAUACACAUGGUCCUCGGGUACAUGUAUGUGCAGAAUGUGGAAAAGCAUUCGUGGAAAGUUCAAAAUUGAAAAGACAUCAAUUAGUUCAUACUGGCGAAAAACCAUUUCAGUGUACAUUUGAAGGUUGCGGAAAGCGUUUUUCUUUGGAUUUCAAUUUACGCACACAUGUCAGAAUCCACACAGGUGACAGGCCCUAUGUGUGCCCAUUUGAUGGAUGCAACAAAAAAUUUGCACAGUCAACUAACCUUAAGUCACAUAUUCUCACCCAUGCUAAAGCAAAGGUUGACAGGUCUUCAAAGACAAUGUUAGUGUUUUCAGAUCAGGGAUCAGUAGAUGGUGACCAGUGUUUGUCAGAUGAUGGGUUGUUAGUAUUUGAUGCGAGAGGACAGUCAGCAUACCAAAUACCUGGAGCACAAGCAGGACAAGCCCUUGCUUAUGUGACUAUUCCGCCAGAAUCUCCAGGUUGGGGCUGAAACAGGUUUCAGGGAUGAAUGUGUGAAAUGUAAGGCUUAUCAACAGGAUUUGUAAUGAAAGACCACUGAACUAGGAAUAAAUUUAGAGCUACAACUUGGAUUUUGUUGCCUAAUACUCUACAAGUCACUACAUUUUGUGUGUGUAUGUAAAUAGAAAUCAAAUUACUUUAUUGGAAGCUAGCUUGUUUAAAAAAGCAAUAAAAAGAAAUAUUCUGGCUUGUACAAUAAAAUAAAUACCUAUCUUACAUUUACCAAUGGACAUUUCUACAGCCAAUUAAUGAAAAUAGUGUUUUUAAAAAGACGUACAAGCAUGAAGUGGUCAUGGUUAAACCAAUGCCUCAACUUUGGUAGGCAACAGUUUUCAGUGUUGAGAGCAGAAGCGUGUUGUCUAGCUAUACUUAUGCAAAGAUUCAUUUUAGCUUAUCCACUUUUUAAAUCUUUGUUUUGAAAUAAGGACACUAUUAGACAGCUUUUUCUAAAGGGAAACAUGAAGCUGUUAGAAAUACAUUAAUCAUGUGAGAAUUUUUCCCAGGGUUGUCUCCUUGAAUUCUAUUAAGUUAUUAAAAGUUACUAUUUUUAAAAGAAUGUCAGUAUUUUCAGUGUCAUACACUCUUUCUUGUCAACUGUUAUUUUUUUUGUUAAGAUUUUGUUAAGAUACUGUAUUUGGUCUAUAUUUUAUCAUUUUUACUUUAGAUGCUUCAUUCAUAAGUUUUCUGAUAAAAGAGCUAACAUGAUUCUUUUACUUAAAAAGUAGAACUAUAUUCCAAUAAUUGGCACAUAUUGUAUCAAAAAGUUUGUGGUGCCUUAAAUAAUGGUUAAGUUUUCUGACUAGCUUUUGUUAUGUUUGGGGUAAUUUGAUGUGUAUGGCAUUAACUUGUACACACACUUUGUAACUAAACAGUACCACCAUUGCUAAUUUAAUGGGACUUUGUAUUUUGACAUUUUUUUAACAGAUUUGUUUUGCCUAGUGUUAUAAUACAUUCGGCAGAAAUAGUGAUAUUUUUUUAUAUUUUAACUCUUUGCUUUUUUUUUUUUUUUCAUUCUUCAAAAUCCAACUUGGUUUUGAAAGUCUUGCAAGGGUGUAUUUUUGGUUUUUCUCUCACUGAUGUAGGCAGCCAACUGGAAAUAAUUUUUUUUGUAGCAGAUACCUUAAUUGAAGUUUUGCAUAUGAAUAAUAUAUAUAUUAAAAUUCAACUGACUCUUCUAAAAACCAUACAAAAUAUCUCAGUUCAUCAGCUUCUUUUUUUUGUGUUAAAUAUUUGUAAAAUUAUUAGACUUCCUGUCAAGAGUAAUUUUUCCAACUCAUUGGUGGAGAAUGUUUCAUAAUUAUCAGAUGAGUUGCAUGUUAAGUAUCAUUUAAGUUAUAUUAAGCCUUCCCUUAGAACUUAAAAUCUAUUCACUAAAGACUUGUGUGUGCUAAGAAAGAAGUAUCUUUAUCACGGACAUUACGAAGCUACUUUCUGCAGCCUUUGUUCCAAUCAAUAAUUAAUAUAAAGCCAAGUCUUAGUUUAACUUUCAUAAGUUUUUUUUUUUUAACUGGGUGUUUGCUGCACUGUAGAUCAGUUAGUAGAUGGCACAGGCAGUUUUUUUUAAUUUAAAGAUUGUACAAGUUAUGGUGUAUUGACAGUAUUGUUUACAGCAGAAUUUUUUUUUUUUUGUAUCAGGUUUGUGUCAUUAGAUGUUCUCAUUAUAUAUGGUCCAAGUCUGCUCUUGUCCCAAUUUUUCAUAUCUGACCACUCAAUUCAAGAUUUUGUAUAUAGCUAUAAUGAAACAUUUAUUUCAUUUUGUCAUUAUGUUUAAUUACUGUGUAAUAAAAAAUAUGAUGGCCAUUUCAUCUUCAUGAAUUGUAAAUAAAUUCUGAAUUAUAAUUGC